AUGACCACCGAAAUUCCCAGCUCUGUGUUGCAUCUGCUACAAAAUGCCAACUUCAUCCACUUGGGGACCUGUCUCAACAACGUGCCCCACGUGAGUCUGAUGAAUUACACGCUUAUUAGCCCCGAACAGAAGUAUCACGACACGACUGGCAAGAACCACUAUUUGCUCAUAUCCACGCCAAAGGAUACUCAGAAGUACCACAAUCUAUCUCAAAACCCACAAUGUUCCAUUCUGGUUCAUGAUUGGACCACGUCGACGAAAGCAAGCGGAGUGUCGCGACACGGUCAAUUGCUCAGAUUGCUCGAGGAUCUUAACCAAUCUGAGUUGUGCGAGCUGAGUUGCAAUUUGACAGGGUAUGUCGAGCAAGUUUUCGACGAGGAUGAGGACUCGGAGGAAACAAAGUAUUACAGAGACCUACACACCAAGAGCAACCCCGAUGCCAAGCCGUUCUUGGAAAACAAGGGCGCUGCUCUGCUGCUGAUCAAAGUUGAACUGUCUAAGGUGGUGGACUCUAACUUUAACAUAUCCAAAUAUUAA